AUGUCAUCCGAUAAAGAUAUAAAGGCUUUUUUUCCUUCAAUUUUAUCCUUGAUACUUGAUAAGAUGUUCUCACGAGGGCAAAGAGGAAGCGAUUAUAAAAAACGAGGCAGAGCUAGGCAAAUUGAAACUUAUCGAUCUUGGAAUGUUGAAUCACUUGGGAUGCCCCCCAACGUAGAUGAUUCGGCCCAAUAUCGUCCUUGGAAUGCAGCUGCGCUUUCUGUUGAAAGUGAAUCAUCAAUGGAUAUUGACGAAAAACAACCAUACGAUGAUACCCAACGUCCUACUUUAAUUGAAAUAGAUGAAACUCCCUCUUCACCUGUUAACCUCCCAAAACUCGCGAAUCAAGAUAAUCAUCAAAGUUCUCAAAAUCAGAAUAGUAUACAAUCUAACAUGAUGGAAGAAUUGAAACAGCUUAAUUGGGAAGAUUAUACUAAGCAAUUGAUGCAAGAGGAGGCUAAGCGUUCAAUGGAAAUUCGACGUCAAAAGCAAAAUGUAAAUACUUGUCAGAAAAUUCUUAGCAAUCCGUUUAACAGUAUUAAUAAUAAUCAAUUAUCAUUGUAG